UCCUCCUCUCCCCUCUCCCCUCCCCGUUUACAAGUCAUGGCGGAACUGUAGACCUCAGGACGAGCAGGAGUGCACCGCCCGUCCUCGUUUUAGCAAUUGUAUAUAGUUUAUUUAUUUAUUCAUUCAGCUAACUUUACAUCUUUCCCAGAAAUGACCCGUUGGAUUCCUACUAAAAAAGAGAAGUACGGAGUCGCAAUCUACAACUAUGAGCCCCGGGGUGAGCAGGAGCUGUGCCUGCAGGUGGGGGACACGGUGCACAUACUCGAGAAAUUGGAAGGCUGGUAUAGGGGCUACACGCUACGCAAGAAAUCACAGAGGGGCAUUUUCCCAGCUUCCUACAUCCACUUAAAGGAGGCUUCGGUUGAGGGAACAGGCCAGCAGGAAAUAGUUAUUCCAGCAGAUAUACCCCUGGUGCAGGAGCUCGGGGCUACUCUGAGGGAAUGGGCACAGAUAUGGCACAAGCUCUACGUGGCGAACAAGACAACAUUGUUCAGGGGUGUUCAGCAGAUGGCCUACAGCCUCAUCGAAUAUCGAUCUCAGAUAGUAUCGGGAACGCUGCCUAAGGAUGACCUCGUGGAACUCAAAAAGAAAGUCACAGCCAAGAUUGAUUAUGGAAACCGGAUUCUGGGGUUGGACCUGGUGGUGCGAGACGAAGCAGGAAACACCCUGGAUCCUGACCGGACCAGUACGGUCAGCCUGUUCCGGGCACACGAGACCGCUUCCCGCAGUGUCGAUGACAGGAUACAAGAAGAAAAGACGCGGCAACAAAACCUGGAAAUGAGGCGUCAGACCCUGUUCAGUACGGUGCACACCUACAGUCUACUCAUGAACCUGAAGAACUUUGUAUGCAACAUUGGAGAGGAUGCUGAGCUGCUCAUGUCUCUGUAUGAUCCCGACCAGUCUGAAUUCAUCAGUGAGAACUUCCUGGUGCGCUGGGACAGUAUGGGGAUGCCUAAAGAAAUUGAAAAACUCAACAACCUGCCAGCUCUAUUCACGGACCUGAGCAGCAGUGACUUGAUGAGGCUGCGACUCUUCCUGGUGUGUCAGAUCAUCAGAGUGGGCAGCAUGGAGCUCAAAGAGGGCAAGAAACAGACGGGAGGACUGAGGAGACCGUUUGGUGUGGCUGUGAUGGACAUUACAGAUAUCGCCCAUGGCAAAACAGACGAUGAGGACAAACAGCAUUUCAUUCCCUUUCAGCAGAUAGCUAUGGAAACCUACAUCCGUCAGAGGCAGCUCAUCAUGUCUCCGCUCAUGCCGUCUCGAGUCAUAGGAGAGAAUGAGCCGCUCACUGCUGUCUUCAACAAAGUCAUUGCAACGCGGGAGGUCAACCACAAAGGCCAGGGGCUGUUUGUGACCCUGAAGCUCCUCCCAGGGGACCUUGCCCAAGUCAGGAAGGACUACCCCCACUUUGUGGACCGCAGCACAGCUAUCGUCAGGAAAAUGGGCUUUCCAGAAAUCAUCCUCCCAGGAAUCGUGAGGAAUGAUAUUUACGUAACCUUGCUGCAGGGAGAGUUUGACCGCGGUAAAAAAAAGACGCCAAAAAAUGUGGAGGUCACACUGAGUGUGCACAAUGAUGAGGGCAGUUCCGUGGAGAAAGUGAUAUUUCCUGGGGCUGGUUAUGAUGGCAUCACAGAGUACAAGUCUGUCAUUUACUACCAGGUGAAGCAGCCUUGUUGGAAUGAAACGGUGAAGGUGACAAUUCCAAUUGAAGACGUUUGCCACUCUCACCUGAGGAUGAUGUUUCGACACCGAUCCUCCCAGGACUCUAGAGACAAAUCGGAGAAGCCUUUUGGUAUGGCCUUCGUCCGGCUCAUGAGAGGAGACGGGACCACAUUAAAAGAUGGCAGGCAUGAACUUAUCGUCUAUAAGGUUGAUGUGAAAAAGGCAGAGGAUGCAAAGGUUUAUCUCACCUUGCCAGCAACUUGGGCUGAAGUGGAGGAAAAGGAGAAGCAAACAGGGAAGCAGUUCCACCAUUCAGGAGUGAUUCCUGUGACUAAAGACAGCUUCCAGAUCUCCUCGCUCACCUGCUCCACUAAACUCACUCAGAAUGUGGAUUUGCUCGGCCUGUUGAACUGGAGAUCUAACCCUGAAGAUCUGGACCAGAUUCUGCAGAGGCUGAUGGAGGUCGAGGGAGGGGAGAUUGUCAAAUUUCUCCAGGACACUCUUGAUGCCCUGUUCAACAUCAUGAUGGAGACCUCAGAGAAGGAAACCUAUGAUACCCUGGUGUUCAAUGCCUUGGUAUUUAUAAUCACACUUAUUGGCGACAUCAAAUUCCAGCACUUCAACCCAGUCCUGGAAACCUACAUCGACAAGCACUUCAGUGCCACUUUGGCUUACAUGAAGCUAACCAAGGUGCUUAACUACUAUGUGGGCCACGCCGAGGAGCCCGUCCUGACCGAGAGGCUCUACGCAGCACUCAAAGCCCUCAAGUACCUGUUCAGGUUUAUCGUACAGUCCCGGGUCCUCUAUCUCAGAUUCUAUGGGAACAGUGAGGACGGGGACGCUUUCCUCAACUCCAUUCGCACCCUUUUCCUGUCUUUCAACACUCUCAUGGAUAGACCGCUGGACGAGGGGGUGAAGAUAAAGGGAGCAAUAUUGAAAUACCUCCCCAACAUCAUUAAUGACAUCCAGACUGCGUUUGAUCCCGUGGAGCUCAGCGUUCUCCUCGCAAAGUUCAUUGAGAGCAUUCCUGACUCUCAGCUCGUGCGUCAGAAGCUGGGCUGCAUGUGUAAAAUGGUGGAGAGUGACCUUUUCAGGCAGCCAGAUUGUCGAGAUGUGCUUCUGCCGCUUGUUACUGACCAGCUGAGUGGGCAGCUGGACGACCACUCCUGUAAACCGGACCAUGAGGCCUGCGCCCAACUGCUCAGCACAGUGUUGGACAACCUGGACCGCAAGGACGUGGGUCCAACCAGAGGGCACGUUCAGCUGAUAAUGGAGCGGCUCCUUCGCAGGGUUAAUCGCACUGUCAUCAGCAUGGAGAGAUCCUCCCCUCUCAUUGGCCACUAUCUCGCCUGCAUGACCGCCAUUCUGAAGCAAAUGGAUGACAGGCAUUACGCCCACUACAUCAGCACCUUCAAGACAAGACAGGAUAUCGUUGACUUCCUCAUGGAGACAUUCAUCAUGUUUAAGGACCUGAUGGGAGACGUUUUCGCCGCCGACUGGAUGAUCAUGAACCUGGUGCAGAUGCAGGUCUUCCUGAGGGCCAUCAACCAGUACUCCGACGUCCUCAACAUGUAUUUCCUGGACAAGGCGCAUUUUGAACUCGAGCUCUGGAAUAACUACUUUCAUUUGACUGUGGCGUUCCUCACCCACAAGACACUGCAGCUGGAAUCCUUCUCUCAAGAGAAACGGAAUAAGAUACUGAACAAAUAUGGAGACAUGAGGAAGUCCAUUGGGUUUAAGAUCAGAGACAUGUGGUACAAUCUCGGCCCCCACAAAAUGAAGUUCAUCCCAGCCAUGGUCGGGCCCAUUCUUAAGGUCACACUGGUGCCUGAGCCCGAACUGAGGAAAGCGACCCUCCCCAUUUUCUUCGACAUGAUGCAAUGUGAGCACAACUUCAGCCCCGGGCGCACGUUUGAAAUGUUUGAGAACGAACUGAUAACGAAAUUGGAUCAAGAGGUAGAAGGAGGCCGAGGGGAUGAGCAGUACAAAGUCCUGCUGGAGAAAACGUUGCUGGAGCACUGCAGACGCCACAGAUUCCUGUCCCAGUCAGGAGAGGAGCUGGCUCUGCUGCUGAGCAGCCUGCUGGAGAACCUGCUGGCGUACCGCACCAUCACACACGACGAAAGUCCCGAGCACCGCAUGAGCUGCACUGUCAAUGUGCUGAAUUUCUACAAAGAAAAAAAGCGGGAGGACAUUUACAUCCGGUACUUGUACAAGCUGCGAGAUUUGCACCUGGACUGUGAGAACUACACGGAGGCAUCCUACACUAUGAUACUACAUGCUGAAUUACUGGAGUGGUCUGACAAACCCUGCGCGCCUCAUCUCAUACCUGGACAUGAGAAGCAUGUAUGGACCCAACAGGAGCUGAAGGAGAGGCUCUUCCUAGAGAUCAUAUCUUAUUUGGACAAGGGCAAGAUGUGGGAGAAGGCCAUUGAGUUGGGCAAGCAGCUGGCCAAGAUGCAUGAGAGCCACAUGUUUGACUUCAUGGAGCUGAGCCAGCUGCUGAAAAAACAAGCCCAGUUCUAUCAGAAUAUAAUGCAUGCUAUGCGGCCACAGCCGGAGUACUUUGCUGUGGGAUACUAUGGCCUUGGAUUCCCUUCUUUCCUCAGGAACAAGAUGUUCAUCUUCCGAGGCAAGGAGUACGAGUGGCUUGAAGACUUCAGCUUAAAGCUGCUCUCUCAGUUCCCCAAUGCAGUACGGAUGACCAGCACAGCACGCCCUGGAGACAACAUCAGCAACUCCCCUGGACAGCACAUCCAGUGCUUUACUGUCAAGCCUGUUCUCACCGUGCCGCACCAGUUUAAAGACAAGGGGGUUCCAGAGCAGAUAUUAAACUAUUACAGAACCAAUGAAGUGGACAAGUUCCAGUAUUCCCGGCCCUUCAGGAAAGGUGAAAAGGACCCAGACAAUGAAUUUGCAACCAUGUGGAUCGAGAGAACAACGUUCAUUACAGCCUAUCGCUUCCCAGGGAUUCUGAAAUGGUUUGAAGUGAAAUCUGUCUCAGUGGAGGAGAUCAGUCCUUUGGCGAACGCCGUGGAGACCAUGGAGAUGGCCAAUGAAAAGCUGAGUAACCUGGUGCAGCAGCAAGCCUGCGAUCGCUCGCUGUCCAUCAACCCGCUGUCCAUGAUGCUCAGCGGCAUCGUCGACCCCGCUGUCAUGGGCGGCUUCUCCAACUACGAGAAGGCAUUCUUUACAGACACCUACAUCCAAAAUCACCCCGAGGACCACGAGCGCAUUGAGGUCCUUAAACAGCUCAUCGCCCUGCAGAUCCCUCUGUUGGCAGAUGGGAUUCGCAUCCACGGGGAGAAGACGACGGAGCAGCUGAAGCCCUUACACAACCGUCUGGUUACUUGCUUCCAGGACCUUCGGGAGAAAGUGGAGAAGCAUUAUGGCGUCAUAACCUUGCCCUGCUCUCUCACCGAGAGGAAGAAGAGUCGCGUGGGCUCGGUAGUGAUGCCCUACAUCCUGUCCUCCACCCUGCGUCGCAUGUCUACUGUCUCAACCCUCUCCAACGCCUCCUCAGGCCUCUCCAGCGGCUCGGCAUCCUCAGACGGACCCUCCUGCGUUUCCUCCCAAGAUUCCUUGUUGUCCCGUCCCAGCGAUCGCAGGUCCUCCAUUUUGUCCCGCUUCGAGGAGGACAACACGAUUGCUCAAAAGAACAGGAAGGAAUUCUCCCUCUCUCUCUCUCUUUCCUCUCUCUCUCGCUACUCGGUUGGUUUCCAGACUCCUCCAAAGAAGCAGCAGAGACCCAAGAGUUUACAGUUAGGAGACCGACGACCUACCCUCUCGCUGUUCCAGGGCGUUUCAUCUCACCUCAGCCUAUCGAACCCUCUCAGCCCGCUACCUGCCUCUCCACACCCUCGCACGCCACGCAGCUCCAGUUAUUCAUCGCUUCUCAGUGACAAUGAUGUCAAUACCAUUGACACCCCAGGGACCCCCCCACCCAUGCCUCCGAAGAAACACCCGCACGAGAUUGACAACCCCGGCUUCUCUUCAGAGUUCACUCCUCCACUACCAAUGAAAAUUGAGAGCAAGCCUCCUCCGCCACCUCCGAAAACGCGAAAGUCGAUGUUCCCCACGUAUGAACAGACCCCCCCCCACUAAGACUACACC